GAGCUCUGAUUGCGAAACGAGCGGAUGUGUGGUUGCUGUUGUGCUCAGUUUUCUCCUCCUCUCUGAAACACACACACACACACACACACACACACAUACACACACACACACACAUACACACACACACACUUUUCUCGUCGUCUCUCCAGGAGCAGCAGGAGGUCUGAAGGCGUCUCUGACAGCGAACAGACAGAUUUACCUCCCGGGAGGAUCCGAGCAUAAACCUCAGUCCGACAUGCAGGAGCAUUAACAUCCAGCAGAGACUCCUCCUCUCCUCCUCCUCUCCUGCUCCUCCUCCAUCUGAGCGAGGAAACAGCUGUGACAGCAGCACCCCCCCCCCCCAAGACGUCCACAGGCAGGAUGGGAGUGUGUGUGCUGUUAGUGCUGCUCUUCAUCUGUCACAGUCACAGCCUGCACAGACUCCAGAGGUCUCAUGAUGGUGUCCCCACAGACUCCGCCUCCUGUGUGUCACGGACCAAUCAGGACUUCACAAACUCUCACAACUUCUCUGUGGACAUCAGGAUGCCCGGAGUCGUCCCAGCAGGGUCGGACACUUACCUCUGCAUGUCGUUUCCUGUGCCCACUAAUCGAGACGCUUUUAUCGUCGACUUCAUCCCUCACGCCAGCAUGGAUACCGUCCACCACAUGCUACUGUUUGGCUGCCAGACUCCCGUCUCCACAAGCAGCUACUGGGACUGUGGCAGCGUUCAGGGAACCUGUAAGGAUGGAGCGUCCAUCAUGUACGCCUGGGCUCGCAACGCCCCGCCCACCAAACUACCCAAAGAUGUUGGAUUUAAAGUUGGCAGAAAUUCUGGGAUGUCUCACUUGGUGCUGCAGAUUCAUUAUGGGGACGUCAGUGCUUUCAGAGAUCAUCACAGAGACUGCUCAGGAGUUUCUUUAAGGAUGACGACCAAACCGCAGCCGUUCAUUGCUGGUAUUUACCUGCUCAUGUCUGUGACCACCGUCAUCCUGCCGGGAAAGAGAGUGACAAACGCAGACGUGGCGUGUGAUUACACUUCAUAUCCCAUCUACCCGUUUGCCUUCAGGACGCACACACACAAGCUGGGUCAAGUGGUCAGUGGGUACAGGAUCAGAGACGGGAAGUGGACUCUGAUUGGCCGACAGUCUCCUCAGCUCCCUCAGGCUUUCUACCCGGCCAACAGAGACGUGAGUGUGAAGUAUGGAGACACAGUCGCAGCCAGAUGUGUGUUCACCGGAGAGGGACGAACCUCCAAAACAUACAUCGGAGGGACGUCAGACGACGAGAUGUGUAACUUCUACAUCAUGUACUACAUGGACAGUAAACACGCCGUCCCCUACAUGAACUGUAACGAGCCCGGCUCUGAACAGCUGUUUGACCAGAUCCCAGCUGAGGCCAACGUCCCCAUCCCCGUCAGUCCAGAUCACAACAACAUGAUGCACAUGGGACACUCUACAGAGCGUCAGGACGACAGGGCCAUGUUGAAGAAAAACAAAGACCAGGACCAGGAUCAGGAUCAGGAUCAGGGUGACAUCUUGUCUCUGAUGUCCAGGCUGUUAGGACAGAGCGUUCACUCUCACAGAGCUCAGCUGCUGGCUCAGAUCGGUAGUUUAAUGCAGGACAAAGACCUGGACUCUCCCAGAACCAGACUGGCCUUCCACACCAGGGAGGACCCGGUUCUGGUGAGGGACAGAGUCCACAGGUUCCAUCAGCUCGAGGCCAAAACCCCCAGAAACCAUCGACCCGCAGAAGGAGAAGACUCUCACCUGGAACAGGUGUCGUCGUGGCCUCAGAGCUCCCUCCAGCUGGGUCAGGUAUCAGGACUGGCUCUGGACUCGGACUCUAACCUGGUCAUCUUCCACAGAGGAGAUCACACCUGGGGCGCCAACUCCUUCAGCAGCCAGGCUCAGUACCAGCAGAGGUCUCUGGGUCCCAUCCAGCAGUCCACCAUCCUGGUGGUAGAUCCAGCUAAAGGGGGCAUCCUGAAGGCUUCAGGGAGGAACAUGUUUUAUCUGCCUCAUGGAAUAACUACAGACAACGACAACAACUACUGGGUGACUGAUGUGGCUCUGCACCAGGUGUUGAAGGUGAGCAGUGAUGGUAGAGAUCGGACCCUGCUGGCGUUGGGGGAGGAGUUUACUCCAGGAAGCGACAGCAGACACUUCUGUCAGCCCACAGACGUGGCCGUGGACCCCCACUCAGGAAACAUCUUUGUGUCUGAUGGAUACUGCAACGCACGCAUUCUCAAGUUCUCUGCAGACGGGACGUACCUGUCUGAGUGGGGCGCAGGGACGUCUGACAGGAGGAGACGCUCCCCCUUCAGGGUUCCUCACAGCCUGGUGUUCCUCGCCGACAGACAGGAAGUGUGCGUUGCUGACAGAGAGAACGGACGCAUCCAGUGUUUCAUCGCCGCCACGGGAGAGUUUGUGAAGGAGAUCAAGAAAGACGAGUUUGGAGGAGAAGUGUUCGCCAUCACGUACAGCCCCGCAGGAGAUGGUGUGAUCUUUGCAGUAAACGGUG